AUGGUCGGAGUAAAUAGUGUUCUUGUUGAGGGUGUUCCAAAUAUUUUGUCACCACUCAACGAUAAACAUUUAGUCGAUAGAAAAGAUUCCAUUAUUACAUUUGAAUCAGAGACUACAGAGCCUGGAAACAUUAUUUAUAAAAGAGGACAUUUCAAGAAUAAAAAUAAUCUUAAAUUAGUUUGUCAAGAGUGGUUACCACCACAUCCAAAGGGUGCUUUAAUUAUUAUCCAUGGUUAUGGAGAUCAUGGUCAAACUACAUUGGCAGAAGAUGCCAGAAUUUUUGCAAAGUUAGGUUAUGCUGCCUUCAUUUUCGAUCAACAAGGACAUGGUCUGAGUGAAGGACUUCAAUGCUACGUCGAGAGUUUCGAUGAUUUGAUGGAAGACUCUAUCAUCUUUAUCGAUGACAUUCAGCUGAGAUUCCCACAUCUGAAGCGUUUCAUUUAUUCAUGCUCGAUGGGUGGUGCUGUCGGACUUUUGGUGUCACUGAAAAAGCCAGAUCUGCUCAAUGGUGGAUUGAUCUUGUUGGCUCCACUCAUCAAGUUGGACGACACCAUGGUUCCAAACUACUAUGUGGUCAGUAUUCUCACAUUGAUCGCCAGUGCAUUCCCAUCGCUCCCAAUCGUACCGGGUGACAAUGUUCUCGAUCGUAACAUCAAAGACCCAAAGAAGCGUGAAGAACACGCCACUCAUCCACUGACCUACAAGGGCCGUGCACGUCUUGGUACCGGACUUGCUAUCCUAAAGGUAACGUCACAUCUCCAAUCAAAGUUGGCCGACGUAAAAGUUCCACUGUUCAUUGCACAUGGAUCCGAGGAUAAGGUGUCAUCCCCAGAGGUUUCAAAAGAACUCUACAAAGCAUCGACCAGUUUGGAUAAAACUUUAAAGAUUUACGAGGGAAUGUGGCAUGGUCUUACAUCUGAACCAGAAUGUCAAAUUAUUUUCGACGACAUUAUUGGUUGGAUGUCAAAUAGAUUAUAA